AUGGGCGGAGUGCUCGAAAGAUAUCCGCUCGAGAUUGUGGAGGAGGUUCUAGAGGCUACCGUUCCCUUGCGGACGCGUCGGCUGAUGGACGCGGUGCUCAAAGCUCGCUUUUCAGACUUUUUCGCAUCCAUGCCCGAGGCUCAAACUAUUGCUGAAGCUGACUGGAUCUUUACCACCGACAACAUUCGUUCGUCUGGACUAGACCAAGCUGCCGCGGUACUAAGGCCCUCCACACUCAUCAAAAUGGGGUCUGGGAAUAUGGUCCGGGAACGUUUCGAAAGCGCCGAGAGUCGAAAGGACUAUGUUCCACAGGAAACCGGCCCGCCUUCGUACGUGGAGGAGAAGCGGAUGAUGGAAUCAUUCUGGCGACUGCAAUUCCUCCUGGAACUCCAGGACGCCGGUCGUAAGGGCCGCCUGGACGACAUUUGGCCGAGAGAGGAAAUUGAUGCGUUGUUCGAGAACAGCGCGGAUGGCUUUUACGACGUGCAUAAGUCUGUGCGAGAGCAGAUCUUGACCGCCAGCGAUUUUCUCAGCGCAGUCACCUCUGGGACCAUUGCUUCGGUGGAAGCUAGUCAGGACAAAGCUUUCGGUUUGCCAACGAUACGUUGGGAAGAAGGAGCAGUGUCUAGGCAUGCGGCACCCAACAAAAAGGUCAAUCCUUCGUAG